AUGUUCGAUUACGAAAAGUUUGGGCGCAGGACGCGACAAUGGAGCUGGAGGUGGAGAUAUAUCCUUCUGCCCAGCUUCGUUCUUCUCUCCGUCUGGAUGUUGCGGCAAACACAAGUUCUGGCACUCGAAGGCAACGUACCGUAUAGUCAAAAUGGUGUCGAGCUUCCCACAUUCUUUACUCCCUUUACAUGCGACCCGAGAACACUUCCACAACGAGUCCGUAUGAUUCGCCGUACACAUGAGGAUUAUGUCUUGCUAGGACAUGGAUUCAGCGACGUCAUAACAGAUUACAAUUGGGACACCCAGGGCAACGACGGUUGGGAGAACGACCUUACCCGACAGAUGAAGCUGUACUUGAAUGCUAUCGAGGCACUAGAGCCAAGUCGUGCCAUUUUCAUUGAUCUCGGCGCAAACAUCGGCACCCACAUGCUUCACCUUGCUUCACGAGGAUACGAGACACAUGGCUUUGAGCCAGCCUACGCCAAUUAUGUUCUCACUCAUUGCUCUCUUGCAUUCAGCGACAUUACUGGCCUAGUUCGAUUCAAUCACUUUGGGCUGGGUGACAAAGUUCAGAGUGUUUGUAUGAGCUCUGUCAGCGGAAAUAUGGGCGACACCACAGUGGCUACCACGCGGCAAUGUGGAACGACCGAACGGGCCAACAUGGAUACUCUUGACAAUUACCACCACAAAUUUCUUUGGGGUCGAAAAGUUGCUCUCCUCAAGAUUGACAUACAAGGCUCCGAGAUUGCGGCUCUGCAACAUGGGAAAACACUAUUCGACUCUGACAACGCUCCCGAGGUCGUCAUGCUUGAAUAUGAGCCUAUCAGCAUUCGAGCGGAAGGCUACGAUCCACCCGAGUUGAUUAAAUAUUUUGAGCAACGUGAUUACUCUAUAUGGCACUUUGGAAGCUCGCCAUUUGGAUCGGUAACGCCCGAAUAUGCUAACGGGACAUCCGUUGCGUGGAAAGAGUCUGACCUGUACACCUUUGAUGACGCAGAAGGUGGAAUAGGAUAUUUUAACUUGGUGGCUAUUAAAAGGCCUUGGAAAAUGAAGGCAGAGAAUGCUGGAUACAAGUUUACUGGUGGGACCUUGAUGAGAUCAUAG